UGGCAGCGGUAGCUUGACGAGGUUGUUCCUGCGGGUUGACAGUUGCCAAGAUGCUCGCCCGCCACGAGGUCCUCACGCCGGCGUCGCCCUACACGCGCGUGCUCGCCAAGGCCAACGGCGAGGCCAUGGGCUGGCGCCGCAAGCUCGUCUUCUUCGCGCUCGAGACCUCGAGCGUCUCGUACUGGGUCGGCGGCCUCGCCUUCCUCCUCGGGUCCUUCUUCUUCUACCCGCGCGCAGGCUCCACGCCCGGCGACAGCUGGGUCGGCGCGUACUGCUACUUGCUCGGCUGUCUUGCCUUCUUGUGCGGCAGCUGCAUCGACAGCUACGAAGCGCGCAUCGAACACGUCGACGGGCCGCCGGGCUUGCUGCGCUUCGCACCGGUCGCUGCCAGCGGCUGCAACGUGCUCGGCUCGGUCCAGUUUGUCAUCGGCGGCGUCUACUACUUGCCAAACUACUUUGCGAUCGCGCCCACGUACGGCUCGUGGCUCUUCAUCUCGGGCUGCCUCACGUUCUGCGGUGCGAUCGCCGUCGACGUCGCGCGCCUCGCAACGUACUCGCACGCGAGCAGCACGCCCGUGCGCCGGCGCUGGUCGCAGAUCCUCAGCCCUUGGUACCUCGUGUCGCUGCUCAAUCUCGUCGGCAACAUCUUCUUCAUCGUCGGCGCGUACUCGUACCUCCCGCAGUUUGUUGCUUGUCAUGACGCCGACGUCGCCCGCGUCAACCUCGCCUUCGCCGCGAGUCAGUUCAUCGUCGGCUCUGUCUGCUUCUCCAUUGCGCCGCUCGUCCAAAUGUAUGCGAUCGACGAGGACCUGAGCUCGCCCAGCGUGCUCUUUCUCCAGCUCUAGAACAAGACGUGCCUCGACUUAGACGAGUGUAGUGUGUAUAUACGUGUAUAAUCUUAUUUCGCUCAUGCCA